AUGGCGGGGCAGACCCGCCCCCUGGCGCGGCGCGCCGUGGCCCUGGCCCCCAGCCAUGGCAGGGCGAGGUGCCCUCGGCCACCGGCGCGGCGGCGAGGUGGCCCCGGCGCGGCUGCUCCCCGGCAAGGGCGCGGCUCGAUGGGCCCUCGGCGCACGGCGGCUCCACCGGCGCGAGCGGCUGCUCCCCCGGCGCCGCGGCCCUCGGGCCGGGUGGACUCCAACGCCGUCGCGGCUACAACGUCGAGCGAACUUGAGACGAGAGGAAGGCUAAGGAAACUGGACAUAAUGGUUUAUCUGUGGCUCAAGUUCAUAGCAGCAUCAAAUACGGAUACAUUUUCCAAUCCAACAAUUUCAGGGACUUCUGAUCCUCUUUAUACCAACAAGUCAGUAUCCAAUUAUUACCAUACGGAUUUUCUAGCACCUUAUUACCUUCAUGUUACUUCCAUAAAUGUAUGUACUUGCGUCACUGUGGCUCUUCUCAUUCUUUUAGCUAAUGGUGGCUCUUCUCUCAUGAAGGUGUUCACUUUGGCGGCGGAUCCUUACAGCACACACGUCUUAGGACUUAGGAGAUGCGGCAAUCUCAACCAAGUUUGGGUUGUCGUCUGGAAGGAGACUGAUUUCAAGGACUGA